CGCCCGUGCAGCGUCUAUUCUCCAGUCCCCUAUGUCUGUUUACGUCCCAUCUGAGGAGUCGUUGGUGCUGCUUCUUCUGCUGGUGGAACUGUGACCUGCUGCAGUUUGGUUACUGUAUAAAGAUCGUGUCCGACAUAAUAUGAGGUUAUUCUGAAACUGUAGACGUUUACGUCCCCGCAGAGGCCGAACAUGGUGUGAACUGGCUGGGGCCAUGACAGAUUAGCUUAUUCUGAGUUUGGCUAACUGACAGCAUUCAAAAGAUUAGGGACUUUGGUGCUGCUAACGUUAGCUACCAAAGCAACUUAGCUUAGGUGCUUUGAAUCUGCCUUACUGCCUCCACAGGUAUUAUGCAAAUUCUUGCCAAGUUCUUCUGUGUGUGCCGCUUUUUGUGUUGUCCUUCUGGGCCCUCCAGCCCGCUUCAUAUAGCUGUUUUCUUGAGUUGUUGUCUGGCGUUGGCGUUAGCCGUCAGCUGUCGUUGACUGCUGCUGACUGUUAGCUCAUGUGUAGCUAUAGUUAUUGCCUCCCAGUGGUGGAAAAAGUGUGCAGAUCUUUUAACGAUUCCUGUGGUAGUUUGAGAUCCUUGACGGAUUCCAGAGGCAGCAUGGCUCCCAAAGACAUCAUGACAAAUUCCCAUGCCAAAUCCAUCCUCAAUGCAAUGAACUCACUGCGCAAGAGCAACACGCUCUGUGACAUCACUCUGAGGGUGGACAGCACGGAUUUCCCAGCUCACCGGAUUGUCUUGGCUGCCUGCAGCGACUAUUUCUGUGCCAUGUUCACCAGCGAGCUGGCAGAAAAGGGGAAAUCUUUUGUCGACAUUCAGGGACUCACUGCAUCAACUAUGGAGAUCUUGUUGGACUUUGUGUACACAGAGACGGUGCUCGUCACAGUGGAAAAUGUGCAAGAAUUGCUCCCCGCAGCAUGUCUGCUGCAGCUUAAAGGGGUGAAAAGGGCUUGCUGCGAUUUUCUAGAGAGUCAGCUCGAUCCGUCCAACUGCCUGGGCAUUCGGGACUUCGCCGAAACUCACAACUGCCUUGACCUGAUGCAGGCCGCUGAGCUCUUUUCCCAGAAGCAUUUCUCCGAGGUAGUCCAGCAUGAAGAGUUCAUGCUCCUGAGCCAGACAGAAGUUGAAAAGCUCAUAAAGUGUGAUGAAAUCCAGGUGGAUUCAGAGGAGCCUGUGUUUGAGGCCGUGUUGAACUGGGUCAAACACAACAGGAAAGAUCGAGAGCCCUACCUCCCAGACAUGCUGGAGUUUGUCCGCAUGCCCCUCCUCACCCCCCGCUACAUUACAGAUGUCAUUGAUGCUGAGCCUCUCAUUCGAUGUAGCCUGCCUUGUCGAGACCUCGUUGAUGAGGCCAAAAAAUUCCACUUAAGACCGGAGCUGAGGAGUGAGAUGCAGGGACCUCGCACACAAGCCAGAUUAGGUGCCAAAGAAGUCCUGCUUGUUAUAGGUGGGUUCGGCAGCCAGCAGUCGCCAAUAGAUGUAGUAGAGAAAUAUGAUCCCAAAACCCAGGAAUGGAGCUUUCUGCCUAAUAUCGCCCGUAAAAGGCGUUACGUCGCCACUGUGUCUCUGCACGAUCGGGUUUACGUGAUUGGAGGCUACGACGGCCGGUCGAGGCUCAGCUCAGUAGAAUGCCUGGACUAUACGGCAGACGAAGACGGGGUUUGGUACACUGUCGCCACCAUGAAUGUACGACGCGGCCUCGCUGGAGCCACGACCCUGGGAGAUAUGAUCUAUGUUGCCGGUGGCUUCGAUGGCAGCCGACGGCACACCAGCAUGGAGCGAUACGACCCCAACAUUGACCAGUGGAGCAUGCUGGGAGAUAUGCAGACUGCUAGAGAGGGCGCUGGUCUGGUGGUGGCCAGUGGGCUGAUAUACUGUCUAGGUGGAUAUGAUGGCCUAAAUAUCUUGAGCUCAGUAGAAAGAUAUGACCCACACACCGGUCACUGGACCAGUGUGACACCCAUGGCCACGAAGCGAUCAGGCGCUGGUGUGGCGCUACUCAACGACCACAUUUAUGUUGUGGGGGGGUUUGAUGGCGUUUCACAUCUCGACUCAGUGGAGGUUUACAACAUCAGAACAGACUACUGGACCACUGUGGCCAGUAUGACGACUCCACGGUGUUAUGUAGGAGCAACUGUUCUCAGAGGACGACUCUACGCCAUCGCCGGUUACGAUGGAAACUCCCUCCUCAGCAGCAUCGAAUGUUACGACCCGGUUAUUGACUCCUGGGAGGUCGUCACCUCCAUGGCAACCCAGCGGUGCGAUGCAGGAGUCUGCGUUCUGCGAGAAAAGUAACCCUUGGUCCAGAACAACAAGGACGAACACAGGAGACAGGCAGCUAGACUAAAAUGUCACUACAAACAGAACCACUAAGAACGGAUGCUGAUUUACCAGAAUAAGCAAGUAGGUUCUCUGAACUGGAGGUUUAGUCCCUCAGCAGUCGGACUGCGCUACAGAGAUUGACCCUUGCUGUGGUAGACUUCACGUCACUUCCAAGGAGCCCAUCACCACCUGCAUGACUCUACGGUGGUGUCUGUUGUCACAUGUGAGAUUAUUUUUUCAGAACAUUUUCCGAGUGCAAUAUAUUUUUAUCCAUCAAAAGAAAACGGUGGAGCAGAUUAAGACUCUACCUGCUGCUAUAUGCCUUAUAACUUUCACCUGCCUCCCAUUUUACUGAUAAUACAUCGUCUUAUUAUGGAGCGAACUGAUUCAGCAUAUGCACGCUCAUCAGUGCGCAAUAAUGUAAACGGGACUUUUAUAUGGAAAUCACUUUAACACAGAAGGUUUAUUUCUUUCAGUUGAGUUAUAUUUUGAGAUGAACAUUGUUUUAGAAAACUGAACUGUGCUACUGCAUUUGUAUUUUCCUCCAAUUCAGCAACAUUGAGAAAUCAAGGUAUUACAUUUCAGAUGCAUGUAAUUUGUUCUGUUUACACCCUACCCCCAUCAGAAACCAGAUUUAGACAGACUUGUAGGAUACAAUGCCUGAAUGUCACUGUUGUCUGAAAAAAUAAAAGAUCUAAAAGACUUGA